UAAGUAGCAACUUUAAAAAUCUUUUUUGCUGCUGCCCUGCUUCUGGGGUUUUUCAAAUUUUGCAAACGAUGUCUAAAUGGAUUCAAUAAUGUGUGAAGAAAUCUACAUAAAAUUGGCGGAAUUUUUUUAAUUCUAUCCUUGCCGCCGAAAAAAGUACUUAUCCGGUCACUGCAUCAUUUCCGGAGGUAAAUCCCUCCCGCAACAAGCUCCACUUGGCUCCAUUGUUUAUGUUGAAAGGUGAACACACGUGGUUGGACCUAGCCUACAAAGUAGUUUGCAAAAAUGAAACUAUCAAAGUAUGGUUACUUAAAUUCCACGUUAUUAACGAUUUAAUUAAUUUGCGUACAUGUAUUCUUAUGACUAUAACGUUUAUUGCACAACACUCAUAAGUAAUAAGUCCUAGCUACUUCAACAACCACUAACAAAUGGAAGUUCCAGGGGGAAAAAUAGAAGAAAGUAAAAGUGAGGCAAUUUUCAGUAUCAAUACUGGAAUAAUUAUUGAUACUGGCAAGAAAGUAGAUGACAGUCAUAAUGAAAAAACUGAAUCACGGUCGGGAAACAGUUAUAAUCAAACGACGUUCGAGAUCAUCAAAGAAACAUCAAUAGACAGCUCAACUUCUGUUAAUACAGCAGUGACAAUUACCAUCAGUGGAAUAAACACAGAAAAACUCGUACGAGAAAAUGUUAAAAUGGCUUCGGAAGAUAACCUUGAAAAUAUUAACAAGAAAAAUGCGGAAUUGAUGGAUGCAUUAGUAGUGGAGAGAAAGGCCAAGGGAAAACUCGAAGGCAAUGAAACUAAUAAAUCCUCUGGAGGAUCCAGAGUGCAAAGUGGAAAUCAGAAGGCUAAGGACACCAAUUCGUUGGGAAUAAUAGCCAUAGCUUACUGUAGCUCAGAUUCAGAAGAUGAUGGAGAAACAUUUGACGAAGAAUGCCAAGUAGUGGAAGAGAGUACUGCAAUAGCGGAUGAGAAGAGUGGCCAUUAUCGCGAUAAUAAUUCGAGUGAAGUGGACAGUUCAGAAGAUUCCACCACCAGUAGCAGUAGUAGUAGUAGCAGCAGCUCGAGCAGCUGCAGUAGUUCUUCCGAGGAGUCUGAAGGUGAAGAUGAACAGAACGUUAAAAGCAAUGAUAGCAAACAAACGAAGAAUAGGAAAAUGGAAAGGAACAAGGAAAAGGGGGAGUACGAUGAACUUCCUCCAAUUGAAGAUUUGCAGAUUUCAGUACCAGAAGUCUUGUGUGAGCCACUCGGCGCUGUUGGAUGGAUGGUAGAUCAAUUAGUAGUAGUAUCUCCAAAGCCUCAUAAACCAACACUGAACAUAGAUACAGUUCUGUUCGUCGAAAAGGGUCAACGUGUACUUGGCCGUAUUUUUGACGUAUUCGGCCAAGUAUCUGAGCCCCAUUAUUGUGUGAGAUUCAACGAUGCUGAACACAUAAAAAUUAAGGACAUAAAAGUUGGCAUGACAGUGUACUUCUGUCCAAAUACUCCAUACACAUCGCUGGUAUUCAUGUCUGAGCUUCUCAAAAUGAAGGCAAGCGAUGAUGUGGGUGACGACGAGCAUCCCGAGUUCUCAGAUGAUGAGCAAGAGAAAGCUUACUAUGCAACGCUGCAGCAGAAAAAAAAUAAUUCUAAUGGAGUCGACGCAAGCAAGCCUAAAAAUUCAGAAAUUCCACAUAAACGUUCCAAGACAGCUCCAAAAACUGGUUGGAGAUCUGAACAUCCAUGGAACAGCAACAGAAAGAAUCAAUACCAAAAUUAUUCAAGGCCAAGAGGACCCAAUGACAAUUUUUCAUACCAGCAACCCUCAUGGAGACCCCCAAUGGACUACUCUCAAUUGAGUUGGUCACCACAAUCUGUCUACCAAAACUGGCCCAGACCAUUCGGGCCUCAACCACGGUCGCACUUUUCUCCUCAGGCAUUCCAGAGUAUCUCGACCCCUGCUCAACAGCAUGGAAUAAAUUUCUCUUGGCAACAAACAACACAGCACGCUAACUUGUGGAACAUUCCACCACCUCCACCCCCACCUCCGCCACCCAGUGUUUAAUGAUUUUUUUUAUUAUCAAGGGAAAAGAAUGUGUAAUAACGGUGUAUAUAUUUAAAUUUAUUGGUUGAAUAGUUUUUUACUUAUUGCCUUGAAAGUCUCAAUCACAUCCCUGUUUGAUGAUUGAUAUUUUUCUAGUACGAAAAUGAAGCACCGGAAAAAUGUAAUUUUCCAAAAAAAAACAAAAAAAAUUACAGUUACACCUCUGUUACAUAAAAAUCUCAAGCCUCAAUCUAUGGUAGAAUUCAAUCUAUGUAUGUUUUAAUUACGAAUUAAAAAAUUAAUAUGAGCCAAAAUA